AUGUCGUUCGCCUGUGGGACCUGCUGGCAGACUUGGCCAACGUGGAGAUCUCGGGAUCAGCAUGUCGCUGCCAAGUUCCACAAGGCGCCCGAUUUCGAAUGCGAUACAUGCGAGCGCUAUUUCGGUAGUUGCACAGCCGUGGAACAGCACAUGAACGCCCUUGAUCACUGGGCGGAGUCUUCGUCAACUAGCUCGGAUGGAUCAGAGUAUGACUGCUACUAUGACGGGUGCACCGAAUGCUUCGAUGACGAGCAAGAACUUCAACAUCACGAAGUACAUGAGCACUACUACUGCAGUUCAUGCGAUCGAGAUUUUGACAAUGCAAAUAGCAUCAAAAUGCAGCACCGCAAGAGCAAGCAGCAUCUUGGCAAGAAGCAACCUUGUUAUUUCUGUGGAAAACUGUACGUGACGGCGGCGGGCAUUUUCUAUCAUCUGGAGCGGGGGAAAUGUCCCGAAGCCCCGCUGGAUCGGAUGAAGGUCUACGAGGCCGUCAAGCAGAGAGACCCGAAUGGGUUAAUCACCGAGCGACUGCGUCAGUGGUCUGGCAGCAGUCUGGAAGCUACGGCAGCUUCCUGGAACCCUAGCAGCAAAACAUUCGACUGCCCCCUCUGUGGCAGUUCCUUCAAACUCCUCAACUCCCUGAACCAACACCUUCAGUCGCCUAAGCACCAGGAGAAAGUCUAUCAUUGCCCAAAUCAGCGUUGCGGGGAGAAGUUUAGCGAGUUUGCCGCUGCUACUGAGCAUUUACAGAGCGAAAGCUGCAACUACAUCACCUUCGAGGCUGUGCAGGAAACGGCGAAGCGGAUAUUCGAUCCGGGCCGCAUGAUUGCGUUCUAG